AUGGAAGAUUUUCAAACAAUCAAUGAUUUCGUUUUCUUUUUUAACGAAAUAGAUAGAUGCACCGAUUAUAUUAAAACAAUCAAUGAAGAAAAGAUUUUUCUGAUUAUAUCUGCUGAUAAUUCAUAUAAAUUACUUCCAAAUAUUCUUCAUCUUUCUCAGUUGGAUUCAAUAUUUAUUUUUCCUGGAAAUCGAGACAAUUGUCAUCGUCUAGUUGAUGAUUUUUAUAAAAUUGUCAAUGUCUUUGAUAAUCUUGAUGAACUUAAAGUAUCAAUAAAAGAUAAUAUUAAACAUUUAAAUAAACAAAUCGAAUUAUUUUCUUUUUAUAAUUGCCAUCAACAAUCUCUUCGAGAUAUAUCAACACAAUCAGCAGAUUUUCUCUGGUUUCAAUUAUUCAAGGAUGUUAUUAUCUGUUUAUCUUGCAAUGGUAAAGCAAAAGAAGAAAUGUUAAGUGCUUGUCGUCAAUAUUAUCGUGCUAAUCAUCGAAUACUCAAAGAUAUUAAUGAAUUUGAUGAAACAUAUCACGUAGAUCAAUGUAUUCGUUGGUAUACCCGACAAACAUUUGUCUAUCAAUUAAUUAAUAAAGCUUUAAGAACAGAAGAUAUUGAACAAUUAUAUAUGUAUCGUUUUUACAUUGCCGAUUUAUCAAAUCAACUUGUUGAAGAACAUAAAAAGAUGAAAAAUCAAUCCGAUGAUAUGAUUUAUUUAUAUCGUGGAACAAUAAUUACAAAAAAAGAAGUUGAAACCAUUAAAAUAAAUCAAGGAAAAUUUAUUGCAACUAAUAAUUAUUGGUCAACAAGUCGUGAUCGAUCAUAUGCAAUUACCUUUGCUAAGAAAUGUAUUAGUCAUCCAGAUAUGAUUCCAGUUUUAUUUCAAAUCAAAUGUCAUUUAUCUGAUGAAAAUAAUUCAAUUAUCUUUGCUGAUAUAUCUGGUUUUAGUGAUUUUCCAACAGAAAAAGAAGUUUUAUUUGAUUUAGGUGCUGUUUUUACAAUCGAACAGAUUAUUGAAGAAACAAUAGAAGAUAUUCAUUUAUUAAUUGUUACGAUCAAAACUACUGGAGAAGGACGAGAGGUUUUACAGAAAUAUUUAGAAGACAAUCGGGAACAAAUGGAAUUUGAGAGUCCAACAAUAAUGCUUUGUAAUCUUCUGAAAAGAAUGGGAAAAGAUCAAAAAUCAUUAGAUUUUCUUCAAUAUCUUGAAAAAAAUCCAGGCAACGAAAAUUUGUCUCAUAUCCAUUGUCGAAUUGGUAUUGCUUUUAAAGACCAAAGAAAAUAUCAACUUGCACUAUAUCAUUUUGAUAAAGCAUUACAAUUGACUUUCUCCUCUAAUUCAUCACGACGAGAAUAUUUUCCAUUUAUUCUUCAUAACCAAGGCUUAGUUUAUGCCAAAAUUAAACAAUUCUAUCAAGCAUUAAAACUCUAUCAAGAAGCAGAAAAAAUUUCACAGAACAGAGACAACAGUGAUAUCUAA